AUGAAAACUCGCCUUUUGACGCAUAGAAAACCGGAAAAAUCACAGGGCACAAAAUUAGAUGAGAGUCAUUACGUCAUCAAAUGGACUGCCGACGGUAGAUUCGCUACCAUCACUUUGACGUUUCCCUUAUGGAGCGCCGAACAAUACGGCGUCUACCUCGUGAGGAUUCAGAAGACAGGUGUCACUGACCAUUGGGAGAACCUCUACUAUUGGAAGUUGUCAAAGACAAAAGCGUCCUUAGCGUUACGCUCCCUAGAAGUGGUCCCGGGACAGAAGAUAAACACGACGAGCUUGUCGUACCGGUGCGACAGGUGCCGACUGACCAGCGUUAUGGUACGAACCGCCGACGGCAACAUAUACAACAUGGAUACAUCAAGAUAUCGGAUAAGAGAUGGCGUUGAUAGAUUUGGUAAACGGUUACAAUUCCUAGAGCUAGAGGUAGAAGGUGUCAGGCCUCAGGACUUUGGGGACUACUUCGCUAUAAUACAGAACAGAGACGGGCUUGAGGAGAGAGUCAAGAUGUUGACCGUAUUGUUGGAGGGUUAA